AUGGCAACUCGCAAACGACUCCUCAGUACCUCAGACACAGACAUGUCGGACGGAGAAGAACCAGCCUCGAAGCGAUUGAAGAGUAGCACCAUGGAGACGGACGCCGUCAUCGAUGUUCACGCUGAAGGCGACACUCUCCUCGUCGUCAAGGGUGUCGCGGGCAUCGACAAGCCGCAAGUGAUCGCAGAGCCGCGUGCAACCCGUGAGAUGGCUAUUGACUUCUAUCUCAGCAUCAGCAUUCGCGUCUCGAGCCACGCCCUGAGUAUCGGUAGCACAGUGUUCAAGCGCCUGCUCGGAGAGACGCCGCCACCACCUUCUUUCGAGUCGCCCAAGAGGCUGCACCUCCUUGACGACGAUGGUGACUCGCUGUUUCUCCUAUGCAACAUCCUUCACCUGCGCAAUGAUGCUCUACCAGCGCGCCUCCAACCGACCGCCCUGCUUGCCUUCGUCCGCACCGCAAUCAAAUACAACGCCAUCAUCGCUGCCUCCCGCUCUACAACUCCCUGGCUCGACUCGAUCUUCAACAGCAAGACCCUGCAAUACUCCGACCCCAUCCUGAUCUUCAAGAUGCUCGAGGCAUCUUUCCUCCUAGACGACCCCAUCUACUUCGCUCGCUUCAGCACGCGCUGGGUCCAGCAACAAACCCUCGGUCAAACAGUCGACAGAAUCGCAGAAGGCUACCCAGGCCGCAAACGCCUCGCGGCCGAACUGAUAGCCCGGCAGAAAGACAUCAUCAACACUCUCAAAGCCGAUCUUGACCUCAUAGCCGAUGCCUGCGCCGAAGCACUAGCCGAAGAAAAUAAGCACUACGUCGACUGCGCACCCGGCGCCGACCCAACACCAGAAGACAUGGAGGACAAAGACGACGAGAUCGAAAUCUGCGAAGUCGACAAGGACGGCGCCACACAAUACCUCUCCGCCCUCCGCAACGCCAAUAUCUGGCCCGCCACUCGUUGGCCGAACACCAUCUCCGGCAUCAUCAAACUCUUCGAGAACUUCCGCAUUCCAAAACUUGAGCCGGGUGAGUGUUGCCCUUGGUGUGUCCAGAUCGAUGCCAAGUUUGCGACGGCUGUUGCAAUGGUGAAGCACAUGCAUCAGGAGCGGCUUUGGGGAUUGUGUUUGGACUGUUACAAGAAUGGAGGGUUGUAUGAGGGGGAGUGUCGCUAUGAACAUUCGAAGGGAAAGACGGUUUCGGCGGAUGUGGUGGCCAGACAAUUGAGUGCCUCGGUGCAGAGUAGUAGGGAUGGACAGACUUCUUGA